AUGAACGCGGGGACCUUUCGCGACUUUGAUGUGCUCUUCAGCACCAAACAUUGCCCUGCGGCUGACUGGCACAAGUUUUGGACCGACUUCACCUCCGCCUUUGAGUGGGUAGGGACCGGUAUCAUAUGGCCCGCGUCAGAGGAUACUAGCCCCGAGAAGGUUCAAAUGUCGUGUCGCGCAGACACGGGGAAUUGCCAACGCGCUGGGCAUCUGCUGGUGCACCACGGGUUCAAGAAGCGGAGAUCCUCUGCGGGAGAUACACUUUUUGAAUCACCAGAGAACAUUCCGGCUAUUGAUAUGAGUGCUCAACAAACCUGGAUCGAGCUAACGACGCUUUCCGAUGCAAUUUCGAGGUUGUAG